GUUGUGAAGCAAGACCCUCCUCAGCUGCCCUCCGAUAGCCCCUACUCAGACGACUUGCGUUCCUUUAUCGCAGACUGCCUGGUGAAGGAUGAGACCAAACGAGCCAACUACGUCACCCUUCUGGAGUCAAAAUUCAUCCGGUCUGUCGAUGUGGAGAAGGAGGCGAUUAACCUGGCAGACUUUUUUGUACGAAUUCUCGGAACUGAUAUUGACCAGUAG